GGACACUAGACGCGUGGCCUAAAACGAGGAGAGACAACCACAAAAAUUAAGUGCUCUGGAUCAAAGGCCUUAAGGCCACUCACUAGCUACAUGCAUGUAUAUGUUUAUGUGCAUCCUGUGUGUAUACAGUGAAAUAGAGGGGGCAUGAAUACUUCCAUUAUUCUACCAGUUAGAAUUUCAUGUUUCUAACUCCUGUCUGUACUUCUGAGACAUCUUCAUUGUGGGAUUCUGAGGGCUGAGGAGCCUUUGAGGAACAGCGCCUGCCUUUACAGUCACUUCUUUGGAGCCUGACAGACUGGAAGGAAGAAUGGGAGAGUGGGACUUUCUAGGCCGACUGCUGGACAAAGUCCAGACCCACUCCACGGUCAUCGGGAAGGUCUGGUUGACCGUCCUCUUUGUCUUCAGGAUCCUGGUCCUGGGGGCAGCGGCGGAGAGGGUGUGGGGCGACGAGCAGUCUGACUUUGUCUGCAACACGGAGCAGCCCGGUUGCGAGAACAUGUGCUACGACCACGCCUUCCCCAUCUCGCACGUUCGCAUCUGGGUUCUGCAGAUCAUCUUCGUCUCCACGCCUACCCUGGUGUACCUGGGACACGUCCUGCACGUGGUCCACAUGGAGAAGAAGUACAGGCAGAGGAUUUGUAGUCAGGCAGAGGAGGAGCUCAGCAGUCUGAUCCUGAGGAAUGGGUACAAGGUCCCCAAAUACUCAGACAGCAAGGGAAAGGUCAGCCUCCACGGUCAACUCCUUCAGAGCUACCUAGUGAACCUGUUCUUCAAGAUCUUACUGGAGGUGGGCUUCAUCCUGGGCCAGUACUACUAUUACGGCUUUACCUUGCAGGCUCGCUACGUCUGCAGCCGGUUCCCCUGCCCCCACCAGGUGGACUGUUUCCUGUCCAGGCCCACGGAAAAGACCAUCUUCAUCUGGUUCAUGCUGGUGGUCGCCUGUGCUUCCCUGGUCUUGAACAUGGUCGAGAUCCUCUACCUGUGUGCCCGAGCCAUCAACAAGUGCAUUGAUAAGAAGCAGCUUUACAAGGUCACCCCCGUCACUCCAGUCCUGGAGGGGAACGAGUUCAAAAACAAGGACCUGGCCAUCCAGAACUGGGUCAGCCUGGAACUGGAGCUUCAGGGAAGGAAGCUAGGCAGUGGGGUCACUAAAAGCCUUGAGUCAGAGGACGUUAGCACCAACAUGGAGGAGGUUCACAUCUGAACUGCUACGUUAAGGCACAGAGUUAACUGGGAAGCAUUUUGCCCUUAAAACUGUGUUGCUAAAUUAGGUGUGUUUUUAAUGCCUUACACUAAAAGAUUUCAG